AUGGUAGACUCACACUAUGAUUUUGUUAUCGUUGGCGGCGGUACAGCAGGAAAUGUUGUUGCCGGUCGUCUUGCUGAAAACCCUAAAGUAACCGUUUUGAUUGUCGAAGCAGGUGUAGGAAAUUCCCAUGAGAUUCCUGAAAUCACUACACCAUCUGAAGCUAUGGAACUUCGUAACAGUGAAUACGAUUGGGGGUACAAGACUACCAUGGUCAAGCGUGAUGACUAUGAGCGUAUUGAGAAACCAAAUACUCGUGGUAAGGCGCUUGGAGGUAGCUCGUCGCUUAAUUAUUUCACCUGGAUUCCGGGUUGUAAGCCUACCUUUGAUAGGUGGGAAGAAUAUGGUGGUAAAGAAUGGAAAUGGGAUCCUCUCCUUCCUUAUCUCAGAAAAAGUGCCACCUAUCAUGAUGAUCCCAAGCUUUACGAUCCAGCAUUUGAAAGACUUGGUAGUGGUGGUCCAUUGCCUAUUUCUCAUGCUGAGCUUAUUGAUGAGAUGCAACCAUUCCGCGAUAAGCUUAAAAAGGCUUGGGAAUCUACUGGACAAUCGCUUAAUGAGAACAUUUACGACGGUGAAAUGAUCGGGCUUACUCACUGCUGUGAUACCAUCUAUCGUGGUGAACGGUCUGGAAGUUACCUUUUCGUGAAGGACAAACCCAACAUCACUAUCUUGCCUAAAGUACAUUCCAAGAAAUUGAUCAUUGAUGCUGACCACGCUGUUAAGGGCUUGAUUGUCAUUGAGCCUUCUGGUAAGGAACAGAGCUUCUAUGCUACUCGUGAAGUGAUUGUAUCGCAAGGUGUUUUUGAAAGCCCUAAAUUAUUGAUGCUUUCUGGUAUUGGCCCCAAGAAGGAAUUAGAAAGAAAUGGAAUUGAUGUCGUAGUAGAAUCACGGCAUGUUGGCCAGAACUUGCUUGACCACCCAGGGGUGCCAUUUGUCUUGCGGGUUAAGGAUGGGUUCGGAAUGGAUGAUGUCUUAUUGCGAAAAGGCCCAAAAAACGAUGCGGCUAUUGCAGCUUACAAGAAAAAUCAUAGUGGCCCAGUUGGUUCUGGUCUUCUAGAGAUGGUAGGAUUCCCACGUAUUGAUAAAUAUUUGGAAAAGGAUUCAAAUUAUCGUAAAGCGAAGGCUGCUAAUGGUGGGAAAGAUCCUUUCAGUCCCGAAGGGCAACCACAUUUUGAGCUUGAUUUUGUUUGUAUGUUUGGUAGUGCAUUUCAGUGGCAUUAUCCUACACCUAAGAAAGGUUCUCAUCUCAGUGUAGUUGUUGACUUAGUUCGUCCAGCUUCGGAUCCCGGUGAGGUUACACUUAACAGCAAUGACCCUCUUGUCCAGCCGAACAUUAAUUUGAAUUUUUUUGCUGAUGAGCUAGACAUUUUGGCUAUGCGUGAAGGUAUCAGAUUCAGUUAUGAUGUUCUCACAAAAGGCAAAGAUUUUAAGGACAUUGUUCUUUCCGAGUACCCUUGGGAGAUGCCCCUUGACGAUGAAAAGGAAAUGAGAAGAGCCGUUUUGGAUCGUUGUCAAACUGCUUUCCACCCAUGUGGUACCAACCGUCUUUCCAAGGACAUAGGACAAGGUGUAGUGGACCCUAAACUCAAAGUCCAUGGUGUUAGAAAGCUCCGAGUUAUUGAUGCUUCUGUUAUCCCUGUUAUUCCAGACUGUCGUAUUCAAAACUCUGUCUAUAUGAUUGGCGAAAAAGGUGCUGAUAUGAUAAAAGCAGAACACAACGACCUUUAUAAUUAA